AUGGAUACGCCCGACGAUGAGAGCAAAGGCCCUAUUGAUAGGGUCUCAUCUGUAAACGAGCAGCUAUCGGAUGAGAUACGGCCGAAGGAUGAGAGGGCACUGGUAUGGCGACUCGACUGCUUCUUCCUCGUCGUAGGGUUUCUGGGAUAUGCAUUCAAGUACCUGGAUCAAACGAACAUUAGCAAUGCCUAUGUUUCCGGUAUGGAGACAGAUCUCGAACUCUAUGGUAACGAGUACAAUUAUUUCACGACCUUCUUCAAUAUCGGAUACAUGAUUAUGCUCUACCCAUCAUGCAUCAUUAUCUCCCACAUCGGGCCAGCUAUAUGGCUGCCAGCAUGCGAAGUGUAUGGUUUGCGUUUUCUCAUUGGCUUCUUUGAAGGUGCGACGUGGCCUGGCUACUUUACCAUUAUCAGUCAAUGGUAUCUCCCGCACGAGAUGGCCUUGCGUAUGAGCUUGUAUAACAUGGCUCAGCCAGUUGGGGCUAUGCUUUCGGGUGCCAUGCAGGGCGCAAUGUCUACCAAUCUGGAAGGUGUCAUGGGGCGAAGUGGUUGGAGAUGGGCAUUUAUCAUAAACCCCGAAAGGCAAAAUCCAUUGUCCAAGAUCUAUCUCGGGCCGCAGCAUAUUAAGACAGCCAUUGCACGUACACGCCGCGUGGGCCGGAAACCGCAGAUCGGCAUCCAGGUCAAAAGCUUUCUGCGUUGCUUCAAGUUCUGGCAUUUAUGGUUGUUCGCCAUCGCGUGGGCAAUCGGCACCGGCACAACGCCAACGAGCUACUUCAACCUCUGGCUCAAGUCGUUGAAGAACCCUGAUGGAUCCGCUAAAUACUCCGUGGCCAUGCUCGACUACCUUCCGAUCGCUGGUCAAGCAAUCCAACUUGUCGCUGAAAUCCUUUUCAGUGGGUUUAGUGACUAUUUUGGAGUCAGACUGCCAUUCCUCCUCUUGCAUUCGGUGAUCAAUAUAGUAUCACUCAUCAUCCUGACGAUCCAACCGAGCAAUGAGCACACCUAUAUGGCUGGGUGGUAUAUGGACUAUAUCGGAGCGGUCUCGACAAUGCUGUUGUGUGCGUGGGCAGCUGCCCAUUUGGAGACGGAGCCAGAAGUUCGCACCGUUUUGUUCGCCACCGGAACCCUCUUCGCGUAUUUGCUAAGUGCCUUCCUUCCCAUAGCUGCAUAUCCAGCAUCGGAAGCUCCUCACUGGCGUAUUGGAGCAAAGCUGUACCUCGGUCUUUCAUGCUUGGCAGCGGUGUUGUUCGUUUGCAUCCAUUUUGUCUUUAAGUGGGAGGAGCGGAGAAAAGCUAAAACCCGCCAAGUUGACGAUUGGAAUGUGACUGCAGACGAACAUGAAGUCAGUGAAGGGAGGGUUUAG